AUGGCGUGGGAAGGUCUGCGCCUGCUCAUGCACCCUGUGGCCCUGGUGCUGCUGGUCCCAGGCUCCUGGGGACUGAAGGUCGCACCUGAGGAGCUCCGUGAAGUGGUGGGAGGGACCCUGGUGGUGCAGUGCCCGUCCUCGCCCCAGGAAGGGACCUACGUGCAGAAGACCUGGUGUCGGCAGAGGUCUCCUGGCAGGUGCACCAGGCUGGUCACCACCUCCCAGCCUCUGACAGCAGUUGAGAAGGCUCAGCACACAAUCUGGGACCACCCCGAGGCUGGCUUCUUCAUCGUCACCAUGACUCAGUUGAGGGAAGAAGACUGGGGCGUCUACUUGUGCGGAAGCUUCAACUCGUCCCAGAACCUGAUCGACACCUUCAGGAACAUCACCCUGGUGGUGUCUCCAGCCUCCGUCUCCUCUGCAAUGACAGCUCUGAUCACUUCUCCGGAGGGAACCCCCAGCCCUUYCGUCAACGGCUCUGAGCAGGGGUAA